CAAAAGGACCUAUCUUCUUUUAUGUAUCUGUCAGUUAAGGACAGUUCUGUUCUCCUUCACUCCAGGGACUUUUACACUAAAACUGACCGGUGUCUGGCUUCAAUCAAUGUAUUUAAUACAGGCUUCUAGUGAUGAGUUGGCUCCUAUACUGGAUUCUAGCAGCACUCAGCAUUGGCCAGGUAUUUUCACAAAACACCACAAUGCCACCUCACACUACAACAGUGACAGAAGUAUAUAUACGGAAACAAUAUUGCAAGUGGCCUUGCAACUGUCCCAGAAAAAAACCUGUAUGUCCAACAGGAGUCAGCGUGGUCACAGAUGGAUGUGAUUGCUGCAAAGUGUGUGCUAAACAAAAAGGUGAAAGCUGUACGGAAGCAGAUAUGUGUGACCCUCAUAAAAGACUUUACUGUGACUAUAGCAUGGACAGUCCACGGUUUGAAGUUGGUGUAUGUGGACAAAUGACAGGAGUCGGGUGUCUUCUCAAUGGAAUUCGAUACCUGAAUGGACAGAACUUUCAACCCUCUUGUAAAUAUAACUGCACCUGCCUGAAUGGGGACGUAGCGUGUGUCCCACUCUGCCUAAACUCUAGACCACCUCUAGUUUGGUGUCAAAACCCAAAACGUGUUAAACUGGCAGGAAAAUGCUGUGAACAAUGGAUAUGCGAUGAUUCAAGGAGAUUCAGGAAAGCAUCCCCCCGCCAUAUUGCAUUCCCAGCAUACAGUGAUGAAAGUGAAUCGUGGCAAAAUAAUUGUGUAAUUCAAACUACACCGUGGAGCACAUGCUCUAAAACUUGUGGGAUGGGAAUAUCUACACGGAUAUCGAACGACAAUGAAAAGUGCAAACUCCUCAAAGAACGUCGUCUGUGUAACAUGAGGCCUUGUGAAGUAGACAUUACCAAACACUUUAGGCCUGGUAAAAAAUGUUUGGCUGUAUACAGAGAAGAUCAACCCAAAAACUUCACCAUUUCUGGUUGUGUAAGCAAGAAUUCUUACCGGCCCAAAUACUGUGGGAUCUGUACGGACAACAGAUGUUGUGCACCAUACAAAUCAAAGACCAUUGAAGUUAGGUUCGAAUGCCCAGAUGGAAGCGGAUUCUCUUGGAAUGUGAUGUGGAUUAAUGCUUGUUUUUGUAAUUUAAGUUGCAAGAAUCCAAACGAUAUUUUCCAAGAUCUAGAGAGUUAUCACAACUUUAGUGAAAUUGGCAACUGACGAAGGCAAAAUAAUAAGAUUUACUGAAACUUCCACCAAACAUCCAACUCAACUUUACCAUCCACAGAUGGGAUUUCCUUUUGUGCUAUAUCUUAAAGUGACUCGGUCAAUGGCAGGUGCCGAAAUUAAAAUGUAUCUCCAUGUAUUUAUCUCUAUACUUGUGUAGGCUUGAUAAGAUAAAGAGAGCUUGCAAACAAAGAAAUUCUCAUCUUUGUACAUAUUUCCGGUGUUUUGAACAGUUAAGUGUUUGGCUCUGUUCAUACUGGAUAAACCUGUUUUGUUUUGUAAUUUUUUUGUUCCUCUUUGUGUAUGUUAUCUUCCUAAGCCUUCAUCUUACCCAUUGUAUGUUUUUGUAUGUUGUUUCAUGAUGUCUCUUCAAAUUUUCUUUGAAGAGUAAGAAAAGACCCCAGUGUAUUCUUUACUUUAUGUUAAUUUAAAGACUGAUUAUUUACCUAUUAGUAUUAAGAUCUACACCAUAAUUUAGCCAACAACAGGUUGUCCAAUCAGAAUGUUUCAUUUUGGAACUCACCAAAUUCACAGAAAUUGGGAAUUUAUCCAAACCGCUCAGGGUGUUUAUCUCUAUAAAGACAAAAUAUGCUCCGUUAUUAAGUUACUUCUACGUCCUUAAUGGUAUCACUUUUGGGUACGUCCAUCUCAAGUGGUGUAAUAGAUUAACUAAAUUAGGUUGCUUGACCAUUUUUUAUUUUCCAUUUUUUUGACUGAUUAACGCUAUUUAUUUUU